GACGGGACGCAAAGCAUCCAAAGAGAGAAUAAUCGUACGAAAGAAGUUUGAAAUAAAUUGUGGCAUCAUGGCCCUGAUGCCGAAGGAGUCCGCGAAGCUGGUUGCCGGCUUGGCGAAGGACGUGUUCGUCGAGCAGGCAGGCGUGAAGAAGCUGGCUUUGGCGGUUCUCAAUGGUCUCAAGACUGGCAAGAUUCGUCCAGGCAAUUUCUCACAGAUCAAGUAUCACCCGAGACCCGACGAUCCCAGGGCGGCGGACUGGAUCUUCGUGCUGGACACGCUGAACUUCUCCUUCUGGACCGAGACAGGUACGAAGAAAUGGAGGGUCAACAAGGAAACCGGCUACUUCGCGUUCUGUGCCGCCGUCAAGCGGGCGAUCGACGCGGGGAAACCGAUGUGGGAUCCCAAAUAUUAUUCGCAGAUAACGUUGCAGGAUGCCGAGACCAUCUUCCGGGGCGACGACGAAGUCGGCAUUCCACUUAUACAUGAGAGAGUCAAGGGUUUGCAGGAGGCGGGAAAGGUCCUGUUGGACAAGUAUCAUGGUACGUUCGUGGAGUGCAUCAAGUCGUGCGGAGGUUCCGCGGAGAAGCUGCUCCAGCUGAUCGUCAGGGAGUUCGAGUCGUACCGAGACGAGGCCGAUUACGAGGGACACAGGAUCAGCAUCUACAAGCGAGCUCAGAUACUGAUCGGUGACAUCUGGGCCUGCUACGAGGGACGCGGACUUGGCGAGUUCCACGACAUCGACAGCAUCGCGAUGUUCGCCGAUUAUCGUAUCCCCCAAGUGCUUGUAUACUACGGCGCUAUGCGUUACAGUGACUCGCUGAUGAGCAAGCUGAGAUCCGAUGAACCGUUGAAGCAGGGUAGCAGAGAGGAGGUCGAAAUACGUGCCUGCUCGAUCGAGGCAGUCGAACAGGUGUGCGACGAAGUGCGAAGAUUGAUUAAAGCCGAUUCGAAAUUGGGCUUGAACCCGUCGAAGGACGUUAAUGCGAUUAUCAUCGAUCACUAUCUCUGGGACUAUCGUCGAGAGUAUGCUGAAGAAUUGGAGAGCAUUCCAUUCCACAAAACGAGAACUAUAUAUUACUAGAGCAUUUGCGCGGGACGCAAUGAUAUCACCUAUCGAAUGAAGAAAUCAGAAAGUUUUCAUAUAUAUCAAAUUAAAAUUACAUAAUUUCCUUUCCAAUUAUAUUUUAUUAUAUUUUGUAUUGUAUUAUACAAAAAGAAAGAGAAUAAAAUUUGCUAGAUAUUCCAGAAGAAAUUUCUCUUUCAAAUAUUAUAUAACCGAUUAUCAAUGAGAUUAGAUAAUUAUUGAUAAGAUACAAAAGAUAUCGGAAGCGUAUAAUAUUCAGCACUACAACGUAGCAACGUAAGAUUGAGAAAGAGAAUAUAAAACAACCUUUUUAUAUCAUAUAAUGAUAUGAACGUGUUUGAUAUAAAAUAUUUUCACAAAUCAUAUUUUUUUAAAUAUUAUGUAUGAGAGAAAUCAGUAAUACAAUUAUUAAAUUACUGAGAUAAGCUUAGUCAAGCCAGAGAGAGAAAUCUCAUCAUUCUCUACAUUGAGAUCUAAAUCAUAGAAAUAAAAAUUAUCUAUACGAUC